CCUCAUACAGACUGAGAGUUUCAUAGAGCCAUUUACCUCUUCAUUGACCUUUAUCACACCCUGUCGAGCUUGAGCAGACUACUUCGGCUUCAGCAAUAGCUCAAGAUGGCCUCCACAACGCCAUCCGCACCCCCCUCUCUCACCCUUCCCCCCUCGCAAUUCGCCCGACUCCAACCUCACGCCUAUCUCCUCGCCCACCUUUCACCACCCGCAUCCAGCAACCAGCCCUCCAUCCGAGCCAAUGGCCGCGCUCCCUCGCAAUUCCGCGUCACAUCUGCGAACACAGGCUCCUUAACCCACACAAAUGGCAGCGCCGUCGUAAGGGUUGGCGACACAACCGCAGUAUGCGGCGUACGAGCGGAGAUCCUCCCCACUGCCGACAUUGCCUCGUGGAGCGUGUCUCAAUCCUCGUCAUCUGCGAAUAAGCGUCGCAAACUCGCCGAUCAAACUAAGAAGCCUAAUGAGGAUGAUGCGGAAGUGGAAGAUCCUGAAGACGAAUCGCACAUUCAACAACUCAACCUCCUCGUUCCGAAUUUGUCGCUGAGCACCGGCUGCGCACCGGGCUUUGUCCCUGGCGCACCUCCGUCAGCACUCGCGCAGUCGCUGUCCCAUAAGAUUUUGAACCUGCUGCAUAGUACAAAGUUGGUCCGGGCCGAGGAUUUGCGCAUUUGGUACCAGCCGCCUAGUCUGGGGCCGGAGGACCUGGAACGCCAUAAUGAGUCUGAGCAGAUGGAUGUGGAUGUAGAGCGCGGGGAAGAGGUCGGCAAGGAAAAGGAGAUCAAGGCAUUCUGGGUGCUCUAUAUUGAUAUCAUGAUCAUUUCCUUGGCAGGGAACCCCUUCGAUGCUGCCUGGGCUUCGGUUUUGGCUGCACUGCGCGAUACGAAGCUGCCCCGGGCGUGGUGGGAUGUUGAUAAUGAGAUGGUUGUGUGCUCGGAUGCGGUAUCUGAGUCUCAUAAGCUGUCUUUGCGCGGUCUGCCUGUCGCAAGCUCGUUCUGUGUUUUCGAGGCUGAUGCGGCUGCUGGCUGGAGGGCGGUUAUUAUCCCGGACGCUGAGGAGGAAAAGAACAUUGAGGAGAGCGCUCGGAAGGGCAUUCAACGGAGGUGGAUUCUGGCCGAUCCUGAUGGAUAUGAGGAGGGACUGAGUCAAGAACGAGUCUGCAUUGUGGUUGAUAAGGAGCAAGGUGGGAAGGGCAAGACGGUUAUCCAGAAUAUGGAGAAGAAUGGAGGAUGGGCUGUGGAUGGGAAGGAGCUCAAGGCGCUGGUUGACAUUUCCGCGCAGAGAUGGGAGCAAUUGAAGCACAUCCUUGAGCAGUGUUGAUUGUUUAGAAAGCGACUAAUACUACAUGCAAUGAUACCAUGAU